AUGUACGGACGACCUCAGCCAGAUCCCCCAUCGCACCCUGAAUGGCGACUGCCCCCGCGACGCGGCCAACAGUCGGAAGCACCUCUUCCUCCUCCGCUACCUCGUCCACCGACAACAGGCGGAUAUACUCCGGCAACGUACGGCCCGAUCUCGAACCCUCCUGCAAAUGCAGGCACAUCGCCCGUGACGGGGCCUGGUGCGGAUCCCAGAACCUGGGGUGUCCGAUACAACCAGCAACAACAUCCGAUAUAUGCUCCGCCGCCGUUGCCGCCUCGGCCAUCGAGUACCAACGAGCAACCUUUUGCCUAUGGGCAACCGCAACCACAGCCCCUCAACAACAGCAUCUCUCCUCCGCCGCCAACCCACGGCGUCGAAUCUUUCUCAGAUCCGCAGCCCCCAUCAACUUCGUUGAACAUCCCACCACCCUAUACCGAGCAUGCAGCUCUAGCUCCAGCUCCAGCUACCAUUCCACCCCCGCCCCCCAAAAAACCACAAGGAUAUCAGUCACCUCCGCCACCCGUUCAACACCCAUUGGAGCGGCCUCCACUACUUGCGCAAGGCGCAGGUCCGGCGGCAACACAAGGCUCGUAUGGAUUUCCCGGCAAUACUUCAAUCAAUACCAAUGUUCCCCCAACGGGCCCUUCGGCGCUAGGGCCAGGCACACCCUCCGAUUGGGAGCAUUUGGGGCCAACGCCAGGUGAAUUCGAUGAUGGCCCUUGGUUUCCACCGAGGAGGCCUCCACCUCCGCCUCUGGCUGAAACUCCCACCUAUACCAUGCUCCAAUCACCAGAUUCAAUUGCCACUCCACCCGGAUACUCAACUGGAAUGCCCCCUCCCGCGGCCAGUAUUCCAGCAAACGCACCCCUCCUGCCGCGGGUCGACACAGCACAACCACCUCCGAGAGAGGGGUAUCAAGGCAAUCAUUCACAGUGGAAUGAUUCAAUGUCGCCGAUCAGCCCUGCAAGUACACAUGAAGGGCCUCAGACUGGUCUUCCAACUCGGGUGGAUAGCGUCAGCUCUGGUGUCUCUUCCUUUGCAGGUCGUGCCGACAGCAUAGACAACGUCAUUGAUGCCUGGGUGAAGCCGAUGUCACCUCCAUCACAGCCAGUCCAGCCAGAUCUCCCACCUUCCAAUUAUCGAGCCACUCCGGUCGCGGCCGCUCCGCCAAUACAGAGUAGCCCGCCUCCAGCUCAAGAUGCUAGGGUACUUUCAAGUCCUGCGCCAGCGACCGCGCAACCCGAAGAGGCUCGGCCAAGCAACGUAGCUCCUAAAGAACCGGAUCCGUAUGAGGAUCUCGACCCUUGGUUCAAAUCCUCUUUGACGCGCUAUAUUGCGAUGCUCCGCAAAGAGGCAGUUGCUGACUCAGACGAGGAGCGCUACAAGAUCUUCACUGCCUUUACAGCUAAGGAGACGAAGCUUCGUGAAAUUCUGUAUAACAUUGAACACGAACCACAAGAUGUCCAGCCCGCUCCUCGCGUCUCUGAGAUAACCCAAAAACGGUCGUCUCCUGCCUCAGAGAAUGGCAAGCCAGCACUCGAAUCGGGUUUAAUUCCCGUGGAAUCAGAAGAAAUCCGGUCUCCAACUACAACUAAUACAGAUGACGGAAACGAUGCUGAGGAUACAGCCAGCGAAUAUAGUGCGGGAGGCCGGCCUACCCUCGCCAAACGAGCUCGUCAAGCCUCUCAAUGGACACCCAAACUCUCAACACUUCCAUCCGGCGAAGUUCCUACCAGUCGUCUUGUGAAGACUCCUUCAAGGCAUAUACUGAAGGCCCCCCAGCGUGGCUCAGACAAUCUCACUUUUGACCGCCCGGCUUAUCAGGCCUACUCUGAGCUUCGGCAAGCUUCCGCCGUGAGUGGACGAAUCAUGUCCAACGCCCCUCCCCCUAUACUUCGAUCAAGAUCCGACACGCUGCCAGCGUCUCCAGCCCAUGACGAACACAAUGAGACUUUUCUUGGCCUCAUCCGCAACAAGAGCAGCGCUUAUAAAACAACAGAUCGUCGGGCAACCAGGACAGCCCCAUUGCGUCCGGCACCUCUUCGACAAGGGCGACGAUCUGAUGAUCCGGUUGAAGAUCUGCGUGCCAUGGCUUGGACUCCUCUAGACAAACAAUCCGAAAGCUCCUGGCAUAUCACGACUCGGGAAGAGCUGGACAAGCUCCCAGAUGAUUUCGCGUACAUCCAGGAAACCGUGGAUAAAUGGGAGAGCUCUGCGCAAGAACGCCGGUCCAAGCUGGAGCGAGAACGUACAGCUCGGCAGGAGGAAUCUGAGGCUCAGAUCGACGAUCUCUUCAAUGGCAAGGAAAUUGGGUACGGCGACAUCUAUACACUGGAAGAGGAAUUCCGCCAAAGCGAAGCUCGUAUUCAGCUGGAUGAGGAGAGAGAAGAAGCGGAUGAUUUCAUUGAAAAGGUGUUCAACCUUCUGGACGAGCGAUUGAAGAACGAAAUUUCAGCUCUCCGCAAAUCCUAUGAGUCAGCGCUCAAUCAACUGGAUCGAUAUCAGAAGGGAAAGAGCUCGCCGGUCGAGCAAUGCAGCCCAUCAGUGACCAUGAAACUGGUCAAUGAUAUUCAUAGCAAGCUUGAGAUCCGUUUCCAGAAGAGGCUCGAGAUUGCCCUGGACUGCGAGCGUCGUCGCAAGAAGGCUGAGCGCCGCCCCCUUGUCUUCAUGGGAGACAUGGCCAGUCUGCGCAAGCUAGACGGGGACUUUGACCGUAUGGAGAAGCGGAACAUUCUCGAGGCGGCCAAGGAUCGCGACGACCGAGCCAAUCUGCUGAUGGACUCGUUUGAUGACGCGAUCCUGCACGGGCUAGGUAUGAACCAGAGCCUCCUGGACGAGCUUGCAACCAAAGCAGCCCGGCUAGACCCCACGGCCCUCCGUGCCUCCAACCUGCCGGACUCUGAAGUCGAACAGAUCCUCAAGUCCGCGGCGACGUUUGCGACGUCGCUUUGCAAAGAUUCGGAGGCGAUUCUCCAAAGCUCGGCCAUUGCGGAAGUGGCCCUCAACGACGCCGACUACAACGUCUCCGUCGCCGAAGCGCGAUAUGCCAACUCGGAACCGGAUAUUUUCCAACGGCUUGAGAUGGAGAAGAAGAAAGAAGAUGCGAUUCUUCGGGCAGAUCUAGACACUAAGCUGCAGAGCAUCCAAAACGCCCCGCAGGAGAUUGAGGCUACCGUGAAACGCUUGCUUGAGGACUUGAAAAAGACACCUAGGCCUGCGGCCCCAGCUCCAGCACCAGCAGUCGUUCCAGCCAAAUCUCCAAGUCCACCCGCUGCAGUUGGCCCCGCAGAGGUAAUCCCAGGGAACCGACCAGCUGAUAUGCUACCCUUGGAUCUUCGCCCUGCAACUAUUACGCCUACGCCUACUGUGGCGAGUUGGCCUGUGGUAGAUCUAGAGGCUAAACAUAAAGAGAGGCUGCGCAAAGCACUGGAGGAUGCGAAAAGGCGCAAUGCAGCCAAGGCCGAUCAAUAA